AGAGCUCACCACCAUGGUAGUAUCCAAUGUCGCAGCCGAUAUUGAUGUUGCACCUACUAUUACGCUGCCAAGACCAUGUCCUUGAAAGUACUUUACAACGCAGCUCUCCUAGCAGGAGAAAUGCCGUACCUCGUAUGUAUCCUUGGGCGUGAUGCCAUUUUGCCGUGUCUCACAUCUCUGUCGGCCUACAGAAGGGAUAGUCAUGCUCUCAUCUCCUUCUCCCUUUUCGUCUUCUGCCGUCUGGCGUGGCUCCGCCUUCUUCAGCAUCCGUGGCCAGUUAUUUCCGUACAUUAUCCAUCUCCUGCUGUGCCAAUCUUCAGCUCAGUUCUUGCUUGCCUCGACUGUUGAUCGCCUCACACCUGCACACUGCCAUCUUGUCAUUGAAUCAUCCUCCAACAACGAUGGACACCCCCCCGCCCAUCAUCAUCGGCCUUGAAGGCCUCAUCCAGCACUCCCUCCCACGCAUCACCCGAUUCCGCAGCGCCGCAGCCGCCAUGACAAACUUUGGGCGCCUGUCGCCCUUUCUGAAGCGGCUCCAAGUCAGCGUCCUGCUUUUGGGCUCCAUAUACCGCAAGUUCUCGCAGUACGACAUGAUUGCGGGAUCUGAUCUGUGCCUUGGUAUCUGCCACGACAGCCUGGUGCAGACGCAGGGCAUGAUGCAGGCGGUGCUGCAGGCGCCAGAUGGCGACAAUGUAUACGAUUUAGAUGCAGAGGUGCUGAUUGAGAGGUUACCGGAUGAGAUUAGCUCGUUUGUCUCCUCUGUUGAGCUUUUGAGAAGCACAUACCAAGAAUCACAAUCCGAAUACAUACUCGGAUCAAUGAAGGAGCUCGCCAAUCUACGACAAGACUACUCCAAACAUCUACAAGACUGCACGAACCGGAAAAAAGGAGCGCUUCUCGUCCCAAUGACGGGAUCCAGUGAAGAUGAGCGGACGUCGCGCUCGGAUGGGACACAGCUCACCGAACCCGAAGUAUCGUCUACCAAGUCCCCUGGACAAAAG